GCUUCAAUUUAUUCUUUAUCUCGCUUUUCCAUACAGAUCACGAUAGUUAUGCGGUCCUCCACCCUUCCUAGGAAUGCUUACAAGGAGAUGAGACUUGCUAUAACCAGUGUCGAUUCUUGGCUCGGCUGCUGCACCGCAUACUAUGUAGCUGAACAGCUCAAUAAACACUGUGAAGGUGCUGAGCUCGUUUGCCUCGCCCGCAAGACUGAUGGUCUCGACAAACUUAAAAAACUCAAGAACGUCAAAAUUUAUCAAGUGGAUUAUGAAGACCGCUCUAAGCUAGAGUCAAGCCUGCAGGGGGUCUGUUGCACUAUCCUCAUCCCCGAGUUUGACGAACGUCGCGAGGAGCUCGCCAAGAAUGUGUUGGAUGCGAUGGCAUCUCUGCAAAUCAAGGGCUGCAUUAUGGUCUCUGUCGAGGGUGCCGGGGAAUCUAGAUCGGAUUUAAAGCAUAUCAAAUCCUAUCACGAAAUUGAGGAAGCGGUAAAGGCUCAAGUAGACUGCUACAUCAUCCUGCGCGAGGGGUUCAUGAACCAAUGCCUCCUUCUCUGGGUAUCUGUCAUCCGAGAAAAAAAAGAGUUCCCAACAAGCACGACUGAGGAUUGUGAGAUGGCUCCGCUAGACAUGUGCGACCUCAUCUGCGCCAUUUCAUGUCUGUUAAUUGACUAUUGCCAAAACGGAGACUCUUGUCACUCUGAACCUUCACUUGCACAGGAACAGAAACAGCAACAGCAGUACCUUAAAGAUCCGCAAAGCGUCGAUUCCCGAUCCAGCGCCAGUACCUUUGGGGACCACAAGAACAAGAUCUACACCCUCACUGGGCCUCAAAAGCUUACAGUGAAGGAUAUUGUGGGGAAACUAAGCGAGACCAUUGGCGAAGAGAUCAAAGUGAAGGAAGUUGAACGCGAUGAACUUCGUGAUUACUUCAAAUCACUCGAAGGAGAUAAGGAUUGCAGAGAAGAGUUCAAUGUUGAUCACUUUCUAUCAUUAUUGAGAUCUUUCUCUUCCUCUCAUACUUUCGGGGCUGUUGAGGCCAAAGGAAGUGGUGAUCAUGACCAUCGAGAUGCUGAUAAAGGUCAUCACAAAGAUGGUGACCAUCGCCGUCAUCUUGUGCCAAACGAUGCUGCUAUUGACUUGCUUCUAGAUGAAUUGGACCUCAUCCGUCAGGGGGAAGCAGGAUUUGUCUCUGGAGAUCUGGAGAAAAUUACGGGUCAUGAAGGCAAGACCAUCAAGGACUUUUUUGAAAAAGAAAAAGAAGUCUUCAAACCCCAAAAAUGUCAAAACUAGAAGGGACAAAAUCCAGUUUCAAGAGUUGACAGUAAAUAGUGAUAUGCAAAUGUAUGUUCAAUUAAAACAAUCGUCUUUUUUUGUCUUGUACAAUAACGUGCACCAUAUGCUCUAAGAAUGGGCUGAAAGUGAAGAAUGAGACUACAAAGCUUUUUUAAUUUUUGAAACCAGAUCGAUCCUAUGACAUUCGUUUUAGAGCUCGUUUCUGAU